UCCAUCCAUUUUCUGUACUGCUUAUUCUACACAGGGUCGCGGGGAGCCUGGAGCCCAACCCAGGGGACACUCUGGACGGGGUGCCUACCCAUCACAGGGCGCAGUGCACUCACACUCGUACACUGCGGACAAUUUAGAGAUGCCAGUCAGCCUACAAUACAUGCCCUUGGAGUGUGGGAGGAAACCGGAGUAUCUGGAGGAAUACUCCGGUAUUUGUAUGUGAUCUCCCACGAUGCACGGGGAGAUCACAUACAAACUCCGCACACACAGGGCGGAGGCAGGAACUGAAACUCCUAACCCUGGAGGUGCGAGGCAAAUGUACUAAGCCACCAUUCCCCAGUGAUUCAGACUGAUUAGGAACGAUCAUAAUUUUCAGUAAACACAAAACAGGCUAUACAUUCACAUUAUACAUUUGUAAUAUAUAGUGCUUUGAGUGUAUACAUCUUUAACGAGUCGUAUUAAUUGAGUGAUAAAUAUGCAGCCAUAGCUAUUGUCGGUCUAUUCAAUCUUGUCUAGUGCUUUGCUUGUAAAGAAAACCCAGUGAUUAGUUGGACAGCUACGUGAAAUAAAUAAAUAGGGAGCUUGCAAUUUAAAGUCACUAAAUAUCAAAUGUUAGCCAAUUCUCCCACUUUCGCUUACCUCACCAUCAUCGCAGUCGAUCAUGAUGAAUUACUUGAAGGUACAAAAGUUGCGAUCACGUAUAAAGCUAAAUGUAUUGCAGACCGACUCCUCCCCCAGAUGCACUUUUCUUUAUUAGCAGAGUUCACAGAGGAUGUGAGUGCCUGCAUGAGCCCUAUUGUAUUUGUCACUGAGCGUUUUUACUGACCUUGCGCAAUACCCUUGUGACGGAACAGGAUGCUAGGAUUAGACGUAUCGGGAGCCUUGACUUGGGAAUGAAUUGAGCUUGUUACCGAUCACAUAUUAGUUAGUGUAUAGUAGUAGUGUGUGAAUCUUUGUGAAUACACUACACACAGACUCACAGAGUGAUUUAUGACCUUCCUGGAGUUGUCAGUAGUGCACCAAAUACCUCUCCCUCGGGCCUCUGCUUGCAGUGGGAGGAGUAAGCGUUCCUCUCAUCUUCCUUUCUGUGUCUCCUUGGUUCUCUCUGUGAUUCAGGAGCAGUUCUGACUUGCAGGAGAUCUGAGGUGUCAGGUUUUCUUGAAGUGCCACAAUAAGCUCAAAAAGUGGAAGGUUUGUUUUUUCUUUCUUUUCUUCUUCUUGCAAAUCCCUGAUCUGCAGAAGGCUGGAGAGGAGAGAAUUGGAGACCAGGCUACUCCAGUUGAAAGAGAGUGAAAGUGUGUGUAUGAGUGUGUGAGAUUGGGAAGGCCAUGUCUGCGAUGGUGAGGAGAGCACUGGGGAGGAGGUGUCACUAUUACGGGCUGCUGGCUCGCACCAGGCGCUGGAGGCAGGGCCGCUCACGCAGCCGGAGCCGAGCAGCCAACAAGGAGUCUCCCUCUGAGCGGGUGGGCCGUCGGCGCAGCAUGCCUGGAACCACCACCAUGGACAAAGCUUCAUCCACGAUUGAGGAGGCCUCCUCUGCAGCCCUGAGAGUCACUGGCUUCCUGAGCCGAAGGUUGAAAGGCUCCAUAAAGCGCACCAAGAGCCAACCCAAGCUCGACCGCAACAGCAGCUUCAGGAACAUCCUCCCGGCCUUCAAGAACGCCGACAAUGACAGAUCCCAUCUGAUGCCGAGGCUGAAAGAGUCGAGGUCUCACGAGUCGUUGCUCAGUCCCAGCAGUGCAGUGGAAGCUCUGGAUCUCAGUAUGGAGGAGGAAGUGCUCAUCAAACCUGUGCACAGCAGCAUCCUGGGACAGGACUUCUGCUUCGAGGUAACUACAUCAACAGGAAGUAAAUGCUUCUCUUGUCGGUCAGCAGCAGAGAGAGAGAAAUGGAUGGAGAACCUCAGGCGAGCCGUGCAUCCCAACAAGGACAACAGUCGUCGAGUGGAGAACAUGCUAAAAUGUUGGAUUAUUGAAGCCAAGGACUUGCCAGCCAAGAAAAAGUACUUCUGCGAACUGUGUCUCGAUGACACGCUUUACGCUCGGACUACCUGCAAGCUCAAAACGGACAAUGUUUUCUGGGGUGAACACUUUGAAUUCAACAACCUGCCAUCAGUCAAGAGCAUCACCGUGCACCUUUACAAAGAGACGGACAAGAAGAAGAAGAAGGACAAGAACAACUACGUGGGCCUGGUGAACAUUCCCGUGGGCGCAGUGACAGGACGACAGUUUGUGGAGAAGUGGUAUACGGUGAGCACUCCCAACCCCAGCAAGGGCAAAGCGCCGGGGCCCAUGGUGCGCAUGAAAUGCCGCUACCAGAGCAUGAGCAUCCUCCCCAUGGAGCUGUACAAAGAGUUCGCUGAGUACAUCACCAACAACUACAUGCUCCUCUGUUCAGUGCUUGAGCCUGCACUCAGCGUCAAGAGCAAGGAGGAGAUGGCCUGUGCACUCGUGCAUAUUCUCCAGAGCACUGGCAAGGCUAAGGACUUCCUGACUGAUCUGAUGAUGUCAGAGGUCGAUCGGUGUGGCGACAACGAGCACCUGAUCUUUCGGGAGAACACGCUGGCCACCAAAGCCAUUGAGGAAUAUCUCAAACUGGUGGGCCAGAAGUACCUGCAGGAUGCUUUAGGCGAGUUUAUCAAAGCGCUGUACGAAUCAGAUGAAAACUGCGAAGUGGAUCCGUCAAAGUGCUCCUCCAGCGACCUGGCCGAGCACCAAGGCAAUCUGAAGAUGUGCUGUGAGCUCGCUUUCUGCAAGAUCAUCAACUCCUACUGUGUGUUCCCACGCGAGCUGAAGGAGGUGUUUGCAUCCUGGAGGCAGGAGUGCGGUAACCGCGGUCGGCCGGACAUCAGUGAGCGGCUGAUCAGUGCCUCGCUCUUCCUGCGCUUUCUGUGUCCCGCCAUCAUGUCCCCAUCGCUCUUCGACCUCAUGCAGGAAUAUCCUGACGACCGCACGGCGCGCACGCUCACCCUCAUCGCCAAGGUCACGCAGAACCUCGCCAACUUCACCAAGUUUGGCAGUAAGGAGGAGUACAUGUCCUUCAUGAACCAGUUCCUGGAGCACGAGUGGACCAACAUGCAGCGCUUCCUGCUGGAGAUCUCCAACCCAGAGACCAUCUCCAACACAGCAGGCUUCGAGGGCUACAUUGACCUGGGCCGAGAGCUCUCCACACUCCACUCACUGCUGUCUGAGGCUGUCGCUCAGCUCGACCAGAGCACGGCGACUAAACUGGGGCCUUUGGUACGGAUCCUGAGGGACGUAAACGUGGCCCUGACUAACCCCACUGGAGCGCCGAUGUCCUCCCCUACAGAACGCGUGGGUUCUCCAAGCAUGCCCGGCUGUAGUAGCGUCUCAACCGGUCUGCACAAGCUAGUCAUGGACUCAGAGCUCAGCGGGUUGGUGGAUUUCACCAGGCUGCCCUCUCCGACCCCUGAGAACAAGGAUCUGUUCUUCGUGACUAGGGCGUCAGGAGUUCAGGCAUCUCCAGCUCGCAGCUCCAGCUACUCAGAGGCCAAUGAGCCAGACAUGCAGAUCUCCAAUGGCAGCAAGAGCCUGUCCAUGGUGGACCUACAGGACAGCAGAAGUGUUGAGAGCAGCGCCAACACAGUGUCCAGUGACCCUACCAAUGACACACAGGGCACAGGGGCUUGGGUUGCCCGUACUCUGAAAGGUGGCACAGCUGGAGGGCCUACCCUGAGGAAGAGUGGGCAAACACCCACAACACCAGGCGUAGAGAGUGCCCCAGGCCGGCCACAGCUGCUAGCUCCUCUCUGCUUCCAGAACCCUGUGUACCAGAUGGCGGCUGCUAUGCCAGUGUCUCCACGUGGCACUGCUGAUUCAGGUUCAGAAUGCCAAAGCUCCACCGGUUCCCAGGGCAAUCCUGAAGAUGUGGCCACACUAGGGAUCAAGCCCACAUUCAUCACACAAGCCAGCAUGGGCACAGGGUCUGGAAGUGGAGGAGCAGGAGCAAGUAACGCUGAUGACUUUGCGCGACGCUCUGGUGAGUUUACACGAAGACAGAUGUCCCUCACUGAGUCCCAGCACCAAUCCAACAUCCCACGACAGAACAGUGCUGGCCCACAGAGGCGGAUCGAUCAGCCUCCUCCACCCACAGUCACUCGAGGACGCACUCCUCCCAGCAUGCUCAACACUGCACCCUAUCCACGGCCCUCCAGUGGCAGCAUGAUGUCAUCGUCAUCUCCUGACUGGCCCAGCAAUGGAGCCAGGCUGAGGCAGCAGUCCUCGUCUUCUAAAGGAGACAGUCCCGAGACCAAACCUCGCACACUGCACAAACAGGCCCCAUCUCCAGUGAAUCCCAGCGCUCUGGACCGCACGGCUGCGUGGUUGCUAAAUAUGAACGCGCAGUAUCUGGAGCAGGAGGGAAUUGACCCAGAUUCCAAACACAGGGAAGACCUCCUCAACAAGGAUGAGCUCAGCCAGGCUGAAAAGUAUCAGCAGGAGAUCAGCAUGCUGCAGGAGCGUCUCCGGCUGGCCUUGAAGAAGCUCGAGGAGUACGAGUCGCGUCUGCAGGCCCAGGAUGAUCAAACGCAGAAGAUGCUGCUGGAGUACCAGGCUCGGCUGGAGGAUGCUGAGGAGCGACUGCGCAGGCAGCAGGAGGACAAAGAACUGCAGAUGAAAAGCAUCAUCACCAGGUUAAUGUCGGUCGAGGAGGAGCUGAAAAAAGACCAUGCAGAUAUGCAGGCCAUCGUUGACUCCAAACAGAAGAUCAUUGAAGCCCAGGAGAAGAGGAUAGCAUCUCUGGAUGCGGCUAACGCUCGGUUGAUGAGCGCUCUGUCUCAGCUGAAGGAACGCUACAGCAUGCAGACACGCAACGGCAUCUCGCCCACCAACCCCAGCAAACUGCAGAUCACCGAGAACGGCGAGUUCCGCAACAGCAGCAACUGCUAGCAACGACACACAACCCUGUUGGGUACAAGGGCUACGGGUAAAAUAAAUAAAUAAACAAAUACAUAAAUAAAUAAACAAACACAAGCAGUGGAAUACAAUCGGGACUCUCUGGACUUCAGCUAAAACACUCGCUCUUCAAUCUGAUGGCAGAACUUGUUGUGGGAAAGGUAACAUUUUUGGGCUUUAGAUUUCAGAGCGACUGAUGGACAGGUUUAAUCAGUCUUACAUUUGUUAGUAGUACAAAAUAACCAGAAAACCAGGCGUGUGAAACCUAGUGAUGAAGAUCAGCUUUCUUAGUAGACAUGACAUCAGUUGUACGCUUCGUUGACUCGUGUGUGUUUUUAUACAGAAUGAACAAAGCAAGCAAAGACGACAAACUGAAUGACUGAAGACUGAACCUGGUGGUGAAAGUGUGAUUUUAAUUGGAAAGUUUGCUAGUUUGCAGCACGCUAAUAAUACAAAUGUAUAUUAUUAUUAUUAUUAUUAUUAUUAUUAUUAUUAUUAUUAUUUGUCAGAGCACUUUAUUUAAGUGUUUUUUGAUUUAUAUGAUUUCUGGUAGGCCAAAUGUAAAUGUAUUUUCUUUUCUUACUUACGCUGUAUUUUUAUUUUUUGCAUGUCUCAAAGCUACCAGAGCUAGCAGUAUAUUUUGUUUGUUUGUUUGUUUGUUUGUUUGUUUGUUUGUGUUGGUAAGGAGAGAUCUGUAAUUCCUUAGGGAUUUUUUUUUUUUUUUGCCUAUUUUUUUUUUACAUUUACAGUUUAAUUUAACUUGGUUUGUAUUGUCGAUGUACAUAAAACAUACACUAUGAUUUUUUUUCUUUUUUCUUUCUUUUUUUUUUUUUUUUUUUUAGCAGAGCAGAGGGAUAUUUUGUACAGUGUAUAUUCCUGUUCCUAUUCCUGUGUUAAAUUCCUCAGUUCUGUGAUAAACGUGUCAGGCUUCGGCUGUAAAUUCAGGUGCCGCUUCUAGAAACAGCAGAGCUCUGAGAAGCUUUGCGCACGCAUUCCUCACUCAUAACGCUAAUCUCGAGCUGUGGCUGUGCUGUGGCGUGGGUAGAGGAAAAAAAAGAAACACUUAUCAAUGUUGUUCUUGUGUAGGGAGAAAACAGAAAUCAUUUCCCCCUGGAUUUAAUGCAUCAGUGUUUAACCAUUAUGCACUUUCUAGCAGUAGGGAUACGCUCCUUAACCAAAAAAAAAAAAAAAAACACAGCACAACAUCUUGUAAUAGAGACUAUCCAUGGACACACAAAUAAACGUGUAGCAUUGAAAGCGAGUGAGGAAAUGAAGAAGGCUGUGCAUAUGAUUCCCCCCCCCCUCCCCCCUCAGGUCCAGUUUGUGUUCUUCCAGUCUUAAUAGCAACAGUUCUAACAGUUUUUUGAACGCAGCAUGACAUUAAAUCUGCAGGCUCUCCACCCUGCUGAGGAGCGCUCUGUCUCUUCUUCAGAGACGCACCUAUUUUGCUGCGUUGAGUUUUUAGCCCAGGUGAACUGGGAUUUCUGACGGUUUUGUAGUGGUAUUUAUAUGACUGUUUGAGGGUGAGAAUGAACAAAAUCAUAGGGAAACAAAAAAAAAUAUAUAUAUAUAUCUAUAUAUAUCACAAAUUGUAGUUUCUUCAACUCCUUCCUUAAAAUUCAUCUCCCAAGCUGGGUUGUAAUUAUGACUUUGUGUUUAACUUAUACUUUAAUUUAUCUCCAUGGUCAUUUAUUUUAUUUAAUACGACGUAUUUCCAUGUUCGACUGGCCCCAGAUGUUUUCCAGCGUUUGUGUUUAUUGAGUUGUGAAUUAUAUGAUGGAUGUCAGGUAGCUGAGAUUCACAGACACGGGAUUCUCAGUAUCGCUGUUCUGAUAAGUGGUCUUAAUGUGCCCCUUCCGUUACUCUAAACAUCCAUCCGUCCCUGAACUGCUACGCUUGAUACGCAAAUAUUUUGUUUACAGAGAUGAGAAAUUGUGUUCUAUAUAAAAUAUUAUAAUAUUAUAUUAAUAUAAUAUAAUAUACAUAUAUAUGUAAACCAUUGCACAUAAGCUUCCUCUGUCUUAUUUCCCUGUUGAAGGCAAUAGUACUACACACACACACACACACAGACACACACACAUCAUAAUGUAUUCCAGUGAUCCUGUUCUGCCACCUUGUGCACGGUGUCUUCUUUUACCAGGUAAAGCAGGCCAUAACAAAGUUUGUUUUCCCCUUUCUGGCAUGCAAAAAAAGAUCAACUUUGUUUUUUUCUAACAUCUCACAAAGCCUUUUAUAUGUAUGUUUAAGAGUAAAAUUUGCUCCAUGUAAAUACAUCAAGAGAAAAAAGUAAACAUACUAGUAUAUGGAGAGUCAUUUGUGUUAAAGAGAAUGUUCAGUGCAAUUAAAUGUACAAUUGCCACUAGAAUUAUUAAAGUUUAUUUAGCUAUUUCAAAGGUCUGCCGGUGUUGUUUGUUUUCAUUGCCGAAAAAACCGAAAUCACACCGAGAAAGCUGCUGCUUAAAUACGGAAUAAAACAGUAGCAUGUGCUGUUAAAUAAGUAAAUAUACUUCAAAACUUAGCAGCAAAGAUGUGUACUCAACUUUGUAAACUCGAAAAAAAAUGCAUGAAAAUAUGCAAGCAAAACACAGACACUCGCCGAUACACACUUCACACUUCAAAGUAAUCAUGAUAUGCAUACUUAAGAACAUUGAAAACAUGA